CAGGUGGCUGCUCUGAAGCUGGAUGAAUUGGAGCUGGCGUCGUUGCGCGGAGACCUGCAGGCACGUGGCAUCUGCAGUCUGAACUUUGACACGCACACGGGACGGGGAAAGGUGUCGCUGGCCAACCCUCGUUACAGCGGCCUGCGCGGCGAUAGCCUCAGUGGGGGCUUCCGCUGGGAGCGCGAUGUGGUUCGGCUGGAGAAGCUGGUGCUGCAGCAGCAGCGCAGCAGGUAUGAGAUGCAGGGCGAGUACAGCCUGCCACCUAACACCCCGCUGCCGAGCUCGGCUGCCGAACUGGCCCUCCCAGCAUCGGCUGGCGAUGCGGCGGCAGCGGGUGGCCGCUGGCGCAUGCAGGUGUCUGUGCCAUGGGCGGAGCUGCAGGAGAUUGUGCCAGCAGCACGGCUGCUUCAGAGCGCCACGUCGCUGUCACCAGCAGAGUAUGAGCGCGCUAAGGCCGCCUUCCUGCAGGCACGCCGACAGGGUGCCCUGCGGUUGAUGGCCGAGCGGUCACAGCCAGCUGCAUCUGAUGGCAUCGCGGGUGCCCGUCACCAGGAUGUGGUACGUGGCGGUGCAGAGCUGCACCUGCCCGGCCUGCAGGACAUGCGGGGGCAGUGGAGUGGCAGCAUCCAGGCCUACGGCGGCGGCAGCAGCGCCACCAGCUGCGACUUUGAUGUCAAGGGCCAGUCGUGGCAGUGGGGCAGCUACUCACUGGAUGCCCUGGUGGCCAAUGGCAGCUACCACUCAGAGGAGGGCGUGCAGUUGCAAGAGGUUGUGCUCAAGGCGGGCGAUGCCAAGCUGUCAGUGCGGGGUUCGCUGCUAGGCGAGCACCAGGAUGCCUCGCUGCUUCUCACAGACUUCCCCAUGGCCACGCUGCAGCCCAUCUUCAGCGACGCCGAUUCACCCAUCAAUGGCUUACUCUACGUGUCUGGCAACAUUGCGGGCAGCAGGGCACAGCCCACGGGGGAAGUGGCGGUGCGCCUGUAUGAUGCGGCAGUAGGUGAGCCAUGGUCUUCAUGCGUGUGCCUGGCCAUGCCUCACACGUAUCUUGCGUCUUGUUGUGACGUGCUAUUUGUUGCUCACUAUGCUGGCCUUCCCGUUGCUACUACUUCCCGGCCUUCAGGCCAGACGCGCCUGUCGCAGGCGCAAGCUAGUGCGCGGCUGAGCGAGGCGCAGCUACUGAGCUUCAACGUUGAAGUGGUGCCUGCUGAGGGCCACCGGCAGGCGGGAUACGUGCGAGCCGGCGGCGUGGUGCCUCUUGCAGAUGCCGCCACAGCGGGCAGCGGCGGCAAGGGCAGCGAGCAGCAGAUGGAUGUGCGGCUGAAUGUGAAGGAUGGCGGCAUGGCAUUGCUGACUAGCAUCACGCCUGACCUGCGUUGGCAGGGGGGGCUGGCCGCCAUCGACGUUCGGCUACGGGGCACUGUGGAGCAGCCGGUCCUGAGCGGCAGUGCCAGCAUCAGUCGUGCCACGCUCGACUGCCCGCUGCUGCGCUUCCCGCUCACCAAUGCAAGCGCCGAGGUCCGGGCUGGGGGCGGCAUGCUGACGGUGGAGUCGCUGGAGGCACGGUGCGGGCGGCGUGGACAUAUCCGUGCUCGCGGCAGUUUGCCCCUGUACAGUGGCGGGCACGUGGCACCGCACCGGCUGCUGGCAGAGGCAUCAGCGCUGGAGCUGCGUGUGCGCAACCUGUACAGCGGCCAGUACGAUGCCUCCCUAGUGCUCACCAAUAGCCUGGCCAGUCCGACCGUGGCUGGUGGCAUGCGAUUUAGCAAGGGCAUAGUGUUCAUUGUACCCCAGGGUGCACCAGGUGCACGAACUGCUAUGGGGCAAGGGAAUGCAUCAAUAUAUGGGGCAAAGCUCUGGUGUUCAUACGAUGAUUGCAUGGAGUCAGCGCCUGCUCCUUCCGCACCUCUAGCCAUCCAUGCUACCCCUGCGUGUUUGACUCGAGCUCACCCUGCCUAUCAUCACAAUGUGUCCCUCGACCGACUGUCCAUCUGCCUGGGCCCCGACCUGCGUGCCAUGUACCCCCUGGUCAUGAACUUUGGUGUGGAGGGGGAGCUGGCAGUAAGCGGGCCCGCGCACCCAGACCAGGUGCGGGUGAACGGCACAGUGCGGCUGCCCAGCGGCGACGUCAACCUGGUGGCCACACAGCUGGCACUGGACCGCGAGCACGCCAACCUCAUUACCUUCCAGCCUGAGCAGUCGGGGCUGGACCCGUUGGUAGACCUGGUCAUGAAUGGCGGCGAUCUGCGCGUCGCCAUCAAGGGCAAGGUUAGCGAGUGGCAGGAACACUUGACGCUUCACUACAUCAGCAAUAAGUCGCGUCCCGAUAGCGGCGAGCAGCUGGACGCGGCAGACGCGGCGCGGCUGUUUGAGGACAAGCUCAAGGCUGCGCUACUGGCGGAGGACGGGCAGCUGGCACUGAGUCGGCUGGCGGGUACCACAGUGUCCACUCUGAUGCCCAAGAUUGAGACCCAGGGUGUGGUGGGCGGCACACGGUGGCGCCUGGUGUCGGCUCCCUCCAUCCCUGGCCUGCUGAGCCUGGACCCCUCGCUGGCCGACCCCAGCAACAUCCUCAGCAGCAUUACCAUGGGGACGGAGAUGCAGUUCGGUAAGAAGUUGCAGGCCGCCAUGAUCCGCAAGCUGCAAGAGUCGGAUGUGACGACGCAAUGGUCGCUCAACUACAAGCUCAACAGCAAGCUGCGUAUGCAGUUCAACAUCACCUCAGCGCCGCCCUUCCCCAAAACUCUCAUGUUCCAAUACAGCGAUAGUUAG